UUGCAGAUUUAGCACAUUAAAAAUAGACUAUUAUUCACAAGAAAUUGGCAACGGACUAUGAAGCGAGAACUUUAUUGGUGAGGGUAUAAGCGCAUAGCUGCUUAGAGAUCCUCUCCACCCUCUCCAGUUCAAGUUGAGCGCACAAGACGCCAUCUGUUCUCUCCCUCUCAAACCCGGGCCUGACAGUCUGAAUAACUCUUGGUCGGAAUGACGUUUGUUGCUGGCAGUAAAAUGGACUUCCUGUCCCCGCGAUAUCAGAAGCAGUCCCUAGUUCAAACUCUCUGUCGUUUUGGAUUGUUCGUGAUCUGUAUGGGAAUGGUGUUGACCAUGUCUAUGUAUCCCAUGCUGAGGGUCCUGGGUGGAAAGCUCCAUUCUUCCUUUACAGGGAGCUAUCUACCUGGACACCACUCUGUUCUCCUCGUCAACUGCCCCAACGAACAGACAGCCAAGGACAUCGGCCGAGCCAUUAUGGAGAGGAGGAUGGCAGCAUGCAUCAAUAUUCUGCCCAGGACCUCCACCAUGUAUUACUGGAAAGGGGAGAUUCAAGAUGCGACGGAAAUUCUGAUGUUGGUGAAGACGAGGACCUCGAAGACCCAAAGGCUCAUAGACUAUGUCAAGUCUGUGCAUCCCUAUGAGACUCCAGAGGUGCUUAGUUUCCCUGUGGAGGACGGGAGCCUGCCCUAUUUGAAGUGGGUGGAUGAGGCUGUUCCUGACGACUGACCAGUGAGGGAGAAUAUCCUCAAUGACUUGUGAUCUUAUUGGACGUGAAUCUCCAAUCUAUUGGUUAACUGGAGAGUAAGGCAACAGCGAUUGGCUGGGAACCAGCAACCUUUGGAUUGGCUUGAGGGGUUCCAAGUUCAAACUCUUGCUUUUGAACUUGAUCCACAGAUGCUAAAUGUUUAGCUCCUCCCACCAUGACAUUGAUAUUGACUCAGAGUUGUUUUGCCUCUGUUUUAUACAGGUCCUGUUGUUGCCAUUGAAAUUCCAAGCUGACAUGACCUCUGUAACGUUCAAUGUCAGUUUGUCAGAGCUGAAAGAGUUUGUAGCUCCAUAUCUACAGAUAAUUAUCUCAAAAAAACAUUAAACAUAAAUAAUAAUAUUCA